AUGGAUGCCGAAAGGUCUUCGGGUGUCAAUAUAAGUGAUGUCAUCGAAGUUAUAGAAACGGACGAAAUGUAUGCUGGAGCAUUACCUAACAACGGGGAGCCAGAUUCGAGGAGGCCCAGAGCCUACGUUAAAAUAAUCGAGCAACCUGCUUCGAAAGCAUUGAGAUUUCGCUACGAAUGUGAGGGCAGGUCAGCAGGUAGCAUACCAGGAGUCAAUUCCACGCCGGAAAACAAAACAUACCCCGGAAUACAGAUCGUCGGCCACAACGGUCGAGCAGUGGUGGUAGUUUCCUGUGUCACCAAAGAUGCUCCCUACAGACCUCAUCCCCAUAAUUUAGUUGGGAAAGAAGGUUGCAGCAGAGGCGUUUGCACGCUCAAAAUGAAUAGUGAUACGAUAACGUUUUCUAAUUUAGGUAUCCAAUGUGUUAAAAAAAAAGAUAUAGAAGAAGCACUUAAAGUUAGAGAAGAAAUUCGAGUUGAUCCGUUUAGAACUGGUUUCUCACAUAAGGUUCAACCAAGCAGUAUAGAUCUUAACAGCGUUCGGUUGUGUUUUCAAGUGUUUCUCGAAGGUCCUAAAAAAGAGGAAUUUACAAUACCUUUACGCCCAAUCGUCUCCGAUCCUAUUUAUGACAAAAAAGCCAUGUCAGACUUAACAAUAUGUAAAUUAAGCGAUUGCUCAGCAUCGGUAGCUGGGGGAAAGGAAAUAAUUUUACUAUGUGAAAAAGUUGCUAAAGAAGAUAUUCAAAUUCGGUUUUACGAAGAGCGUGACGGAGAUCUAUUUUGGGAAGGUUUAGGUGAUUUCCAACCCACGCAGGUUCAUAAACAAGUAGCUAUUUCAUUUCGGACUCCCAAGUACAAAAAUAUUGACGUUGAAAAACCGGUUAAAGUGUGGGUUCAGCUGAGGAGGCCAUCCGAUGGAGCUGUUAGUGAAAGCGUACCUUUUCAAUUUAUACCUUUAGACUCAGGUAGGGCUACAUUUUGGUCGUUGAAACGGGUUUUAUCUAAAAAAGGGGAUUAUAACACUUUCUCGAAAAUUUUAAACGAAAAUGCUCCUCUCACGCCCGAAACGCAAAAACGAAAAUUCGAGUCUCUAACGGCAAAUUCCGUUUGCGAGGGUAAGAAACCCCUGCUUGAAAGGCCGGAUUUUGGAAAUAGAAAAGACUCGCUUAUUUCGGGAGGUAGUUUAGUCGUCGUACCAAAUCAGGACAAUUCGACGAUGGAUUCGAAAACCGUGGCGAAGACGCAAAAUUUGGAACGAUUAGAACAAGAAAAUCCACGAAAUAAUUUCAUUAAUGACAAGGAAAGUAUGAGAACUGGAAACAAUCAAUCAAUACACGAAAGCAAUAAAAGACCUGACGAGGUUUACAAUUCAAAUGUGGAGGAUCGAUUCAGUCAAAAUGAAAUAAAAGGAAUUCAAAACAAUUCCGAACCUAACGACAAUUCGCAGUCGUUUAACGAUCUGAUCACUCAAGUGGCCGAACUCGAUGAAAUAUACGCUGAAACCCGGGAAAAAUUAAUUUUAUCUCAUCCCGAACUGGAUAAUCAUUUGGAAAAUAUGUCCGUCGACUGUCGGGACUCUUUUAGGGAUAAUCAAACGUACACUAGCUUGCAACUCGCCAUGAAAAAUCCGAUCGAAUCGAUGGAAAGCAGAUGCUACGAAGAUGUGCCUGUCAUACAAGGUCCAUUAAUCAACAUUAACGAAAACAAAUUGAUGAGUAAAAUGAGUUCGAUGGAGGAAAAAUUACCGCCGUUGCCACCGAAGAGGGUUAAAAAAACGCCACCCAGGCGACCGGACGACAGUCCUCUCCAUAAGGAUUUGCCCAAAACCCCGGAAUCGACAAAAACGAAACAAAAUUUAUUUCAAAAAUUAUUUUCUUCUAAAAAUAAAGUUCCUAACAGUGUUAAAAUGAAAACGAGUCAAAGUUCGGAAUCUCUUAAAAGCGCGGAUCACAAACCCGCGAGUCCGAACACUCUCAACACCUCCAAGAGUAGUUUAAACGUAGGAGAAAAUAAAACCGCGAACGAAAAGUCGUUAAAUAAAUGGUUUCACCAAAGUUUGGAAAAUCAACCGAACAAAGAUGGAUUUGCGGUGUCGUCUCCGGACGACCUAACCGCGAAAACCGAAAAGGAUCAGGUAGAAAAGGAAAGCGAAGGUUACCUAUUGACUCGAGACGAUUUAGAAUUAGGCAUGGAUUUGACGGAAGCGGAAAAUUACGCACUGUACACUUCCAUAGCCCCCCACGCGUCCAUGACGGAACUCGACGAAAUAUCUUUUUACUACAGUCCCGUGGAAAAGGGUAAAAUUUUAACGGGAAACGAUUUUAACAACAAAUUAAAAGAUAUAGAAAUGAAAACCGUUACGAGACCUCAAAACGUCACUUAG